CUUGCCUUCAGGGCCAACCGGCCAAGGUAUCAUUGCUUUUUUCAUUUUUCCUUGACUUCACGAGAGGAGAAAUUUGAUCUUUCACCAUUCGUCGGGUCUGUGCAUUCUUCAAUUUAUAUGAAUUUUGACGGCUAAUUUUCGGCAGUGCAACUUAGAUGGAGAGCUCUGAAGAUCUAUGUAACAACUUGGGAGAUGGAGAUUGCAGAGCGAAUAUCAGCACUGCUAGCGGCGUUCCGUCGACGUCAACGGCGCCUGGGGCGAGCUCUUCUCUCGCAAUCGGCCGGCAAUCCCCAUAUCAGCUCAUGGCUGGUCGUGAUGCAGAAGUAGCUACAUGGAGGCAGUUGCGUACCUUGUUUGGCAUGAUUGUUGUUGCUACUGUUGCUUGGGUGUUGUUUGAACACUCAGGGUUACCAUUCUUAUCACUCUGUUCUGAUGUCUUUCUCAUCUUGACCAUACUCCUCUUCCUCCGUGCAAAUUUUGCUGCCUUCAGAAAGAAACAACUCCAAACAUUGCCUGAAUUAGUGUUGACAGAAGAAAUGGUCAACAACGCUGCUGCUUCAUUUCGUGCCAAAGUCAACUAUAUGUUGCUUAUGGCUCAUGAUAUCACUCUAGGGAAAGAUUUCAUACUCUUUUUCAAGGCAGUGAUUUUUCUCUGGCUUCUGUCUGCUGUAGGCACUAUGGUAUCUUUCUUCACGAUUGCGUAUAUAGGUAUAUGUGGAUGCUUUCUCUGUUACUCACCCUUUUAUACUUGGGGCCCGUUUGGAAAGAGUCAUUUGGCUGAGAAUCUGCUAAACGGGACCCUAUUGUCUCACUGAUUAUCUCAGGCGGAAGCAUCAUAUUCAUUGUCUUCCCCGCUCUGUACAAUAGAUUUGAAGAUCACAUAGAUGGACACUUUUCUAGACAGUAUAAAGUCGUGGAUGAGAGUCUUAGCAGAUUGCCUCAGAAUAUGGCCAAGGACAAAGAUAUUUGAAUUUUGAACUUACAAAAAAAUGUACAGAACCAUGUAGGUUACCACUCAACUUAUAUGCAUUUGAUUUUUAUAUACUUCUUUGGGGCUGAAGACAAGUUAUGAAAUUAGCGACAUGCUUAUUAUGGACCCCUUACCAUAACCCAAAAAAGUGGGGUUCUUGGCUUCUUGCUCUGCUGCUAUAGUGCUAUAAGGACAGUGAUGCUGUUGAAGCAUAGUUGUUGAUCGUGGGAUUUUCAUGAACUUAAGUUUUGUUUACUUUGGAGUUUGGAGUAUAUUUGAAGCUAUUCAAAGUUGCAUUGUCGUACUGUGCCAUGAACUCAAUCCCUC